GCCGGCGCAGGGCCCGGGAGCGAUGACAUCGACGGGGAAGGACGGCGGCGGGGCGCAGCACGCGCAGUAUGUGGGGCCCUACCGGCUGGAGAAGACGCUGGGCAAGGGGCAGACAGGCUUGGUAAAGCUGGGAAUCCACUGUGUCACCUGCCAGAAGGUCGCCAUCAAAAUCGUCAACCGUGAGAAGCUCAGUGAGUCGGUGCUGAUGAAGGUGGAGCGAGAGAUUGCCAUCUUGAAGCUCAUCGAGCAUCCACAUGUACUGAAGCUGCAUGACGUCUAUGAAAACAAAAAAUAUUUAUACCUGGUGCUAGAACAUGUGUCUGGGGGAGAGCUGUUCGACUACCUGGUGAAGAAGGGCCGGCUGACUCCCAAGGAGGCCCGCAAGUUCUUCCGGCAGAUCAUCUCUGCACUGGACUUCUGUCACAGCCACUCCAUAUGCCAUAGAGACUUGAAGCCAGAGAACCUGCUGCUGGAUGAGAGGAACAACAUCCGGAUUGCAGACUUUGGCAUGGCAUCCCUGCAGGUGGGAGACAGCCUGUUGGAGACGAGCUGCGGAUCUCCACACUAUGCCUGUCCGGAAGUGAUUCGGGGCGAGAAGUAUGAUGGCCGCAAGGCAGAUGUGUGGAGCUGUGGUGUGAUCCUGUUCGCCUUGCUGGUGGGGGCCCUGCCUUUUGAUGAUGACAACCUGCGGCAGUUGCUGGAGAAGGUCAAGCGUGGUGUGUUCCACAUGCCACACUUUAUCCCGCCAGACUGCCAGAGUCUCCUGCGUGGCAUGAUUGAGGUGGACGCAGCUCGGCGCCUCACGCUAGAGCACAUUCAGAAACACAUAUGGUAUAUAGGUGGCAAGAAUGAGCCAGAGCCAGAACAGCCCAUCCCACGAAAGGUGCAGAUCCGCUCACUGCCCAGCCUGGAAGACAUUGACCCUGAUGUGCUGGACAGCAUGCACUCACUGGGCUGCUUCCGAGACCGCAACAAGCUGCUGCAGGACCUGCUAUCUGAGGAGGAGAAUCAGGAAAAGAUGAUUUAUUUCCUCCUCUUGGACCGGAAAGAACGGUACCCCAGCCAUGAGGAUGAGGACCUGCCCCCCAGGAAUGAGAUAGACCCUCCCCGGAAGCGCGUGGACUCCCCAAUGCUGAACCGGCAUGGCAAGCGGCGACCUGAGCGCAAGUCCAUGGAAGUGCUCAGUGUGACAGAUGGUGGCUCCCCAGUACCUGCACGGAGAGCCAUAGAGAUGGCCCAGCAUGGCCAGAGUAAAGCAGUGUUCAGUAAAAGCCUGGAUAUCGCUGAAGCCCAUCCCCAAUUCAGCAAAGAAGACAGAUCUCGAUCCAUCAGUGGUGCCUCCUCAGGCCUGUCUACAAGCCCACUCAGCAGUCCUCGGCCUGUUAGGAAGUUUGUCCUGCCCCCUCUGCCCCCUGAGCUCCCCUAUGUGGCUUGUCCCCUGGCCACCUCCUCGGAGCCUGAAGCUUGUCGGAGCACCUCUCGGCCAGGACACAUCCUCUCUCCACAGGCCGCCCUGCGGCCCAACCCCAAGACUCAGACCUUGCCGUGCAAGGCCAAGCUGACAGACAAGCCGCUGCAGGGCACCAAGUCCAACCCGCUCCCAGCCUGCACCCAGACCCAGCCUCCUGGAGCCAGCCUUGGCACUCCACUGGCCCUGUCCCCUGGGCCACCCACCCUGCCGGCCCCUGCCCAGCUCCUGCCAACUGGGACUGAACCAAACACCAAAUCUGUCCCCACCAUACAGGUGACCCCUCACCCCUCACCAAGGGGUAGUCCCCUUCCUACCCCCAAAGGGACGCCUGUCCACACGCCAAAGGAGAGCCCAGCUGGCACACCCAACCCCACACCACCAUCCAGCCCUAGUGUUGGAGGAGUGCCCUGGCGGACACGACUCAACUCCAUCAAGAACAGCUUCCUGGGCUCACCUCGCUUCCACCGCAGGAAACUGCAAGUUCCCACGCCAGAGGAGAUGUCCAACCUGACCCCAGAAUCCUCUCCAGAGCUGGCCAAGAAAUCGUGGUUUGGAAACUUCAUCAACCUGGAGAAGGAAGAACAGAUCUUUGUGGUGAUCAAGGACAAGCCCCUGAGCUCCAUCAAGGCUGACAUCGUUCAUGCCUUCCUGUCGAUCCCCAGCCUCAGCCACAGCGUUAUUUCCCAGACGAGCUUCAGGGCUGAAUACAAGGCCACAGGGGGCCCAGCAGUGUUCCAGAAGCCGGUCAAGUUCCAGGUGGACAUUACCUACACUGAGGGUGGAGAGGCCCAGAAGGAGAAUGGCAUCUACUCAGUCACAUUCACUUUACUCUCAGGCCCCAGUCGCCGCUUCAAGAGGGUGGUGGAGACCAUCCAGGCCCAGCUGCUGAGCACACAUGAACAGCCCUCAGCCCAGCACCUGUCAGACACCACUAACUGUAUGGAAGUGAUGACGGGGCGGCUUUCCAAAUGUGGCACCCCAUUGAGUAACUUCUUUGACGUAAUUAAACAACUUUUUUCAGACGAGAAGAACGGGCAGGCGGCCCAGGCCCCCAGCACACCCGCCAAGCGGAGUGCCCACGGCCCCCUGGGUGACUCCGCGGCCGCUGGCCCUGGAGGGGACACCGAGUACCCGAUGGGCAAGGACAUGGCCAAGAUGGGGCCGCCCGCCGCCCGCCGUGAGCAGCCUUAGACACUAGUCCCUCCCCAGCACAGCACAGCACAGCACAACACAGCACUGACUGUGGCCUUCUACCGCCCUGUGUGGACCAGGCCCCACCUGCCUGCCCAGACCUUGUCUCAAGCCUGGGAGGAAAGGAGAGUGGCCAGGGCGCGGCCCGCAGGCUGGGCUGCUGGGCUUGCUCUCUUUUCUCUCUUGCGGUCUCUGUCUCUGCCUGUCUCUGACAGCAUCGCUUGUUUCCGCUCUGAUACCAGGAAUUAUCCCGAAAAGUUAACAUGUCACCUCCACGAGGCCAUCCUCUGUGCUGCGUGUGGACACUGGCUGACCGAAGGCAGCUGCUGCGGAUCACCCUCCUCCUCCUCCUGCUGCUGCUGCUGCUACUGCUGCUGCUGCUGGGCAGAGAGGCUAGCCCACUGUCCACCAUCUCUGCCUGUUCCCUGGCAGCUCCGCAUGGCCCAAGGGAGGAGGGCCUGCCGCCCAUGGGAUUCCUCUUCUAGCCCAGCCACCCUGGAUUCCCAGUGACCAGAUCCUCAGCAGGGACAACCUGUCCACCAUCUUCCAGGGUAGGGGACCAUGGUGGGUGAAACAGUGGGAAUAGAUUGUCCUCCACGCCGCAUCUGGAGGCCUCCUGGGCCACUCACCUCGCCUUUUCCACACGUUGGCCUCACCAGGGCCACCUCCUGUCAUCUGCAUCCAUUGCUCCACCUUGCCAGGCUGCAGAGCUCCAGCUGUGGUGGUUCUCAUGGGCUGAAGUGGAGAUAAAAGACCUGGGUGCUCCAACGCUGCCAGGGAGCUGGGCUGAGACCAGUAUUAUUUAUUUGCUGUUUUAAUUUAUUGAGUUUCUUUAUGUCUCUGUUCUCUGUUCAGGGAAGGGGGGAGUAGCAGCAGCACCCCCCUGCCAUCUGUCUGUCUGUUUGUUCUGUCUUUCUGACUUGGGCAGGGUGGGUCCAGAGCCCAGGUUCCCUCUGAGGACAGAGCCGUUGUGGGGCUGGGGACAGUGGGGAGCCAGCCAGUGGAUGCAGCACUGGCAAGCUACUGUAAACUUUAAAAGAAUUCCUGCAAGAUAUUUUUAUAAACUUUCUUUUCUUGGUUGUUUUUGGAAAAGGGUGUGGGGUGGGGCCGCUGGGGCAGAGCUAGAUUUGUGUUUCGGCUCCUUGCUCUUGGCUAUUUCUAUACACAUAUACAUAUAUAUAUAUAUAUAUAUAUUUAAAGAACGAUGUGGUUAGCUCUGUCCCGGGUUGUUUUAUUAUUACUUAGCAGCAGCUCCAGUUCCACACGAGGGCUCAGGGUAUAGGGCGUCAGCCUGCACUGGUCAGCUGUGCCUGCUACCCAGAAGCACUGCCCAGUACUUCUCUGCUGCACCAGGCUGAGGGUGAUCUUGGUUUGGUGUCUGAUUGAGAAGGGGUAGAAGGCCCCGAGCUGGCACCCUACUCACACACAGGAUGGCAGCGGUACCUCGGGUUUUUUUUUUUUUUUUAAAUUAAAAUUUUAAAAGUUUAAAAAAAAAAAAUCAAAGCCAGAAAUGGAGUUAGCAGAGUGCUCUGCAGUGGGUUCCUCUUGGAGGUGGCGAGGGCAAUGGGCCCACACCACUGCCUGCUGCCCACCAAAGCCCACCUCACUUCCCUCAUCUCCAGCUUUUGUCUGUGUUCCGUUCUGUCUGGCUGAGCCAGUCCCUCCCAGCUGGCCCAAGGUGCCCGGCGUAGCAGCAGGAGGGGCUGGAGGCAGGUUUCAUGCAUGCCUUUGCUCUUCCCCUCAUGUACAGAUUUUAAUGCUUCUAUUACAUGCAACCACCACAGCUGGGAUUUCUAUACAUAGGACAAAAUCAAACACCUGUAACAACAGCAAAGCCACGCAGUACAAGUGGGAAGGGGCAUAUCUACGGUGUCAGGAUACUGAAAGCAAUACCUCUCGUUAGCCUUCCUCUUUUGUACUUUGGACACAUGCGGAUUCGCAGACAUCACAAAAAUGGACAAGCCCCAUCUGGUGUAACCCCUGUCAAAUAACUGUGAGCAACUGCAGUUCUGGAACAAUAAAUUCCUUCCAUAAAGACA